GCUUUCGUGAGUUGGUCGCGAUUACAAGUAACUCUGUUCUUUCCAACUGCGACUUUCUUUUUUUGCGUCUUGGAGGGGCGACGCGUCACGGUCCCCUGCGGUGCCGUACAUAACUUACUUGGAACCCCCGCAUCGUUGAUCUCUACUUUGACAUCUUCACCAACCGCACCGGUUUGCACCCAGGAUCGCAUCAGCAGAACAACACGCGAAAUUCAUCACCCAGUCAUGGCCAUCUUGAGCUGCUUUCCCGGGCUCAAGGCCAACGUUAGGGUCGGCGGUGAGCUAGCAAAGGAGUAUGAUGCACCGCCUGAAGAGGUCGAGGCGCGCUCGAAAACGUUCGAAUUUCAUAAGCUGCGCUCAAGGGUCGGCGAGGGAACACCUUACUCAUUGAGCUACAUCGAAGCGAAGCCGGGCGAGUCCUUCGAAUUUGUCAUCGACACCAGGAGCAUCAAGCUUGAGCGUAGUGAAAAGCCUCAGAAGUUCCAAGUGACUGCCGUUCUGGACGGAUUCAGGGCGCAUCCGAAACUGUUCAGCAGCGAAGUUUUCACGUUCAGUAAAUGUCUUACUGGCAGCCCCAAGACUGACUUUUCAGAGACAACGUUCAACUUUGCUGCUCUCGAAAUUUUGGAAAAGCCGGUGCCGGAGAAGGACAUCAAGAAGCAGAUCGAAGAGGCCAAUAACUACGGCACACUCCUUAUCAAACUCGAUCUGAUCCAUACCAAACCAGGAUCGCCGCAACCAAUCAACUUUGACCUCGCUACACCCAAGCCGCCUGUUCUGGAGGUGGCCGAGAAGAUUUUGAAAGGAAAAGCAGUGGACAGCAAAACCACUUUCCAGUCACAGCGGAUCUAUGUACCCUCCUUCGUUGGCAUCGACUACGCCGAUAGCAAGCGGCGGCCCUUUGCAAUUUUUGAGUUCCGAUACCGAACAAUGGAGGGCCUUAUCCGAGAGUUUAUUGUGCCCCGGCCCGAAGAAGUUAUCGAUGUCGAGGAGGAGUACAUGCGUAUCAAGCAUAUCAAGCCCGAAAUUGCCGUCGAAGCCCGUGGUAUCAAGAGAGAGCCCAUGGACGCAGCUCUGUUUGCUGCCCGCUACAAACAGCGCCGGUUGGAAGACGGCAAGGUCGAGAUCGAUCUGACAGACGACUAAGGUUUACACUACACAUGUGUCGGUAUUCGUCAAGCUGGUUCAACCAAUGUUUCUUUUUCUGAGGAGGACUUUUUGCGCUGUCAUUCAACGUACAGAGGGGCCAAAAAGGCACGGAGCGAGGAGCAAAAGGCGUCACGGGGGUUGACUGCUGGUCUUGUUAUUGCGAUUGUUGGGGAGUGGCACUUGUUUCCAACUAUGAAGACGAGAGAGGCAGAAUCUGCUGUUUGUCCAAUGACUUUCUAGCAACUGUAUUUGGGAUCCCAAGAACUAGGUAGUUCCCGCUUUUUCGGUUUACUCGGUUCGCCAGUACAGGUGAUAUUGGGCAUCAUCUUUCCGCACCCUAACUGACUUCCCAUAUAACUGUAGCUCCUUCUCUUGUGCAUAUCAUGCUUUGUUCGAAGAUCGGUCAAUAACAGCAAAGCGAAGCGGGAGAAAGUAUUCGUUGAACAGCGCUAGGGGAUCGAGAGUCGCGC